ACAGAUGUAUUCAUGAGACGUUUGUUCUUCAAUGUUUGUUCAUAAAGCAUUACAAAGUACUGCAUUUCAUUUAAAGAAAGUGUGCAGCAAUAUGAACUUAGUGCAAGGGAAUUAUUGAUGUAAAUUCACUGAGAACAUCAGCAGAUGAAGAUAAUUCACAAACAAAACACUGUGUGUUAGGUGCCGCUGUUUGAAGUGGAGAUAUGCUGCUAUCAUACCGCUUGAAAGAAAACUGAUGAUUUUCUGUCUUUUGGAAGAUUCUUAUUCAGUCUGACUAACUUCUCAUAUCUGUGCGACACUGUGUCUUAUCUGUUCUGUCUCUGGUCAUCAACAUUUGGAUCAAAGCCAGCAAUUCAUAUUUAAGUAACCAGAAUAUUGAGUUAGCUCUGCUGAUUUAAGUUGCAUUAUAUUACCUUGAACUAGUGUUUAUGCAUUAGUUUAGCAUGUACAGGUUCUCAGGUUAAAGUUAGUUUCCAGUUGAAUUGGUCUCUAAUGUUUCCAGUGAAGUGACAUCAUGGCGACUGCACCACCAGUGUCUGAGCUGAGGGUUGUUCUGCUGGGGAACAGCUGGUCUGAGAGGAGUUCAGUCGGGAACUUCAUAGUGGGAGAGACUGUGUUCAACACUGAGGAAGAACCAGUCUUUCUGAAAGUCAGCAUACAAAUUGAAGAGAAAAAAAUAGUUGUCAUUAACACUCCAGAUCUGCUGCUCCCAAACAUCUCUGAAGACAAACUAAGAAAACAUGUAGAAAACUGUGUUAAACACUCUGAUCCUGGCCCUCAUGUGUUCCUGCUGGUUCUACAGCCUGAAGACUUCACUGAGAAACACAAACUGAGACUCUGCAGAGUCCUGAAACUCUUCAGUGAUCGGUCAUUUGAUCAUUCAUUGGUGCGGAUAUUACCACCCAGAGAGGAGAGUUCAGGUUUCAUGUCAAAAUAUGCACAAAACCUACCCUUAAAAGACAUGAUCAGCAAAUGUAGAUACAGAUACAUGAGGCAGAAGAGCCUUGAACUUUCAGAGCUGUUGACAUACUUGGAUCAAAUUAUAAGUAACAAUGGAGGACAUUUGAGGUGUGAUUCACCUUUGCAUGGUGAUCAUCGGAAUCUGAAAAAACAGGAAACGUCCAUUGCUGACUUAGACUCUGUAAAACCUCCUGGGUGGAAAUCUUUGGUGGAAACUGUAAACAGCUGGUUCACACCAAACACAUCACACAACCCAUCAGCAGUGGAAAGCACAAUGAACCAAACAUGUGGACUCAGGAUUGUGAUGUUGGGGAAAAGUGAAGAUUCAAAGACAACACUCGGCAACUUCAUCCUUGGUAGCCAAGACUUUGAUUUCCAGACACAUACCCCACUUAAACAUGGUGUGGCCAUCUGUGGAGAGUGGAAUGGACAUUUUCUAACAGUAGUGAAAACUCCAGACAUCUUCAGUCUGCAUGUGGAAGCAGUCAGAGAAGAGAUGAAAAGGACCAUCAGUCUCUGCCUCCCUGGACCAAAUGUCCUGCUGCUGUUAGUAAAUCCUUCUGAGUUCACUGAGGAGAACAGACAAACACUGGAGUUCAUCCCGAGUAUGUUUGGUCAAGAUGCCUUUCGACACUCAAUGGUCGUUACCACACAUGAGGGGAAUGAAACUAGUUUCACUGUGAAUCAGCUCCUUAAAGGAUGUGGCGACAGACACUGCAGCAUGUUAACAAUUGAGCGCACACUGUUGAUGGAGAAGAUUGAGAGCAUCGUGCAUGAAAACAAAGGGACCUUCCUCACCUUCACUGAAGAGACCAUCAGAUCAACAUCUGGACACAUCAGACCAGCUUUAAACCUGGUUCUGUGUGGGAGGAGAGGAGCAGAGAAGACUUCAGCAGCCAAGGCCAUUUUAGGACAGACAGAGCUUCAUCCAGUCUCCAACCCAUCAGAGUGUGUUAAACAUCAGGGAGAGGUGUGUGGACGUCGGGUGUCCCUGGUGGAGCUGCCUGCCUUGUAUAGACAACGUCAGGAGGCAGUGAUGGAGGAAUCAUUCAGGUGUAUCUCCCUCUGUGAUCCUGAGGGCGUCCAUGCCUUCAUCCUGGUCCUACCUGUGGGUCCCCUCACUGAUGAAGACAAGGGAGAGUUAGAGACCAUCCAGAACACUUUCAGCUCUCGAGUCAAUGACUUCACCAUGAUUCUGUUCACUGUGGAGUCAGAUCCUACAGCUCCAGAUGUUUUUCCAAGGGAAAACAAGGACAUCCAGGAGCUCCGUCAGUGCUAUGGAAGAAGAUGUGUUGUUCUCAACAUCAAGGACCAGCAGCAGAUUGCAGAGAUGUUGGAUGGUGUGGACAUACCAUAUGGCUAUACAACAGAAACAUUUGCACAUGCCCAAAUAGAAAAAGUCAUACAACAAGAGAAACGUAUCAACAUGCAACACACUGAACUUCAGACGCUGAAAAAGAGCAACAUCACAUGUGAUGAUGAGAAGCAGAGGCCAGAGUGUCUCAGGAUUGUGCUGAUAGGGAAGACCGGCAGUGGAAAGAGCUCUACAGGUAACACCAUUCUAGGAAGAGAUGAGUUCAAAGCUGAAACAAGCCAAACAUCAGUCACCAAACGUUGUCAGAAAGCAGAGACCGUAGUGAACGGUCGUCCUGUCGCUGUGGUCGACACUCCUGGUCUGUUCGACACAACUUUGUCCCAUGAAGAGGUUGAUGAGGAGAUGGUGAAAUGCAUCAGUCUUCUGGCUCCAGGACCUCAUGUCUUCCUGGUGGUGUUAGGAAUUGGCAGAUUUACAUCAGAGGAAAAGGAGACAUUGCAACGUAUCGAGAAAGGCUUUGGCAAGAAUGCUAAAACGUUCACCAUCAUUCUUUUAACUGGAGGAGAUUCACUGGAACAUGACAAAGUGUCCAUUGAUGAGUACAUUGCAAAAGGAUGUGAUUCCUUUGAGAAACUGAUUGCUGACUGUGGAGGAAGAUACCAUGUGUUCAAUAACUAUGAUGAACAAAACCGGACACAAGUCAGUGAGCUGAUAACCAAGAUUGACACCAUGGUGAAGGAAAAUGGAGGCAGCUGCUACAGCAAUGAGAUGCUGCAAGAGGCCGAGGCAGCAAUACAGAAAGAAGUGGAGAAGAUCCUGAAGGAGAAGGAAGAAGAGAUGCAGAGAGAGAGGGAGGAACUGGGAAGAAAAUAUGAAGAAGAAAUGGAAGCAAUGAAAAAAAGAAUGGAAGAACAGAGAGCAGAAAUUGAACAGGAGAGAAAACUGAGAGAAAAACAACAUGAGGAAUACAUCAACAAGGAGCUUGAAGAAAGAAAGAAAGAACAAGGAAGGAUAGAUGAAGAAGACCAGGUGAAGAAAAUACAGGAAGGAUUACAGCGACAGGACUGGAAAAGAAAACUUGAAGUUAUGGAGGAAAACAUAAAACAAGAAUUCAAAUCAAAGCAAACCAUUGACAGAAAGUUGGGGCAGAAAACAGAAGAGAUGAAGGAAAAACAAGAGGCUUGGGAAAAGGAAUGGAAAGAGUGGUGGGAGAAAAGAGAUCAGGAAUAUAAGCAGAGGCAACAGGAAGAACAUGCAAUAAUCGAGCAGGAAAAAGAAAAAUAUGAAAACAACAGAAAAGAAGAGGAUAGGAUCAGACGAGAACAGGAGGAAAAAGAGCGAAAGGAAUUGCAGGAAAACUACGAGAAUAGGCUGGUGCAUUUAAAGGAGGAAUAUGAAGAAGAAGCCAGAAAGAAAGCGGAGGAAUUCAAUAAAUUCGGAGAGAAAUGCAUGAAGGAGUUGAAAGAGCGCGAGGAACAAAUGAAAGCCAAAGAUGAAGAAUAUGACAUCUUACAGGCCCUUUCAGCUCAGAGUAAGGAACAAAUGAAGAAAAAACAUCAAGGAGAAAUCAAUAACUUAGUGAGGUGUUUCACCAAAAAAAGAGAAAAUGUUAAAAGAAUCCGUGACUUGCUGAAAAAACAAGAACAAGAAAUGAGGGAGGGGGGAAAUCUGGAGAUUAUGGAAAACCUGCAGAAAACACAUGAAAACCAAAUAAGUGACUUGAUACAGGAACUUUUGAAAGGAAUAGAUGAACCACAUCGGUGUCCCAUCUUAUAAGGCAUUUUAUUUUGUAGCCAUGCUAGUGGCUUGGCUCUAGGGAUGGGAUCUGUCCAUCUUCCAUCUGUCCAGACUGAAACAACUCAAUAACUUUUGGGUAGAUUGCCAAUAAAUGUUGACAUUUUGAUUUCACACAUGACACUAACAGCAGUCUGUUUGUAUAACCAAUCCAUCCACCCCGGACUUCUGGUUAGAAUAGAAUUUGUGAAUGUCAAAAACAAAUAUAAUCCAACAUGUAAUUGAGAAUGCAACUUAGCUGUAUGGGGAUGUAACAUUUAUCUACAGCACCAUCAUCAGCUCACCAUUUGAAUGUGUCCAAUACUUUUGGUUUGUGAACACAGCCUAUUUUCUCCUUUAGUCAGUGAACUAUGGUAUAAUGUGGGAUAUCAGACUCCAAGGUGUCUCAAUAUAUGAACAUAAUUGGACGAUGGAGGUAAAGGUUUGCUUCCUUGAUUAUUUAUCAGAACGUUUUUUUUUUUUGUUUUUGUUUUUUAGAUUUACUCAAUAUCUUCAUAUAAAGCUUGUCAAGUCAAUAUGCAAACUGGCUGUAAAUAUAUAAUUCAGUUUACAAUGUUCUAGGAUAGAGAACAUUAAACAGGCACAUGAGUGAGAGUGGGCACAGACUAGGCACUGGUUAAAAACGUGCAGCAAAUGUGCAGUAAUGAUGGAAAUAAUGCUUACAAUAAACUGUUUUCAUUAAUCACUCUCCAAUAAGAAUAUAUGUUUGAAUUGGCAUCAAACAUUAACGUUCAAAAGCAGAAAACCUGGUGAAUCAGUCCUAUAACUUAACCCUUGUGUUGUCUUCCAUAGACCAUGAACUUGUUGUCCUCCAACAAAAUUAACUCCCGGUCUGUUUUGCCUUUUUAUAAAGCAUAAAGUAUAGUAUCACCCAAUUCUAUUGUACACCUUCUAGUCAUCUAAAAAGAUGAAUAAAGAUUACCAAUAGUUUUACACUUUUAUUUAUGGUCAAUAAACCACAUUUACCGUACAUGAAAUUAUACCUAAUUUUGGAGUACAAUAGGCAGAAAUUAUGAAUUAUUUUCACUAUAUUGAAGAUCAGAUGAGAUAUGUCAAUGUUUGGUCAGGAAACUGUUUUGAAACUAUUUUAUUAUUUUGAAUGGCAGAACAUAUUUCUGAUAAAGAAACUUUGAAAACGGGUCAAAUUUGACCCGAAGAUAACACAAGGUUGAUAUGAGUAAUUAUUGCAGUAUGUGUUGUCCACAGCAGCUGUUACUGUAUGAAAAACUGUUUGAGUUCAUUGAAUCCCUGCAGCCAUCUGAUGGCAGCAUGACGUGUAUGUAUAAAACCAUAAAAAUAAAAUGGUUAUACAUCUACAGCCUCUUCAGAACUCGGUAGUUUGGAUCUUUUGAAGUGGGUUUAUGAGGUACUUCUCCAUAGUCAGUAGAUGGCGGUCGGCGUGCCCCUAGUUUGGAGAAGCCAACAGGAGUAAUGAUGUGUUGUCUUCUUCUGCAAUUUUUUGUUGGGAGUAAUAACCUAUUCUGCGAUUUUCCAAAUUGUUUGUGUAGCCUACUUAUUUAUAGAUUUUAUUUUAACAGUUCAGUAUAAAAAUACUUCAACAGCUGGGAGCUAUGCUUGAUCAUUAGAACGACUCUUUCAUUUUUAAAGCAGAUAUAUUGUACAUAUUUUAUUUUA